GGCACCAGGGGGGAACAGAGGCAUGAGCCAAGGCUGUUUGUCCCCCGGGGGGCAGCAGCAAGGUAAGGGACAUUCGCCAAUGCCAGCGGGCAAAGAGCUUGGGUUGCCCCUGGCCCCUUCAGCUGCCUCCAGCAGUAUUUUCAUCCAUGUCUGAGGCCACAAACCCUUACAGAAGAGAACCAGGGGUGCCGUUGUUCAGCCCCACACUCGUCCUCAUUUGCCCCAGCUCCUGGAGUCCCAAUUCAUCCUGGAAAGCGAGGAGCAGCCACCGAGCCUGCCCACCCGAGGGCUAUUUAAUGGAGCGGGACACGAGCUUUCUAAGUAAAAUUUAAUUGCGAUUCACACUCCAGGAAGAAAAAGGAUGGAGGGUAAGGAGAAAGGAAUGAAAGGAGACGAAGAACACCAAGAGUGAUGAAAUGAAGAGUACGAUCCGAUCUCGGAUCCAUUCAGGCUGCUGCGAUCGGCCAAGCCCCGGGUUUAAGGGCUGGGCAUGGGUUUAAGGGCUGGGCAUGAUCCUGCCCUCGCCUGAUGAGCAAUUGGAGCAGCGACUAGACAGAAGGGAUUAACAAGUGAUAGACAGCAAGCGAGCCCUUUGAAGCCAACAUCCCUGCUCUCUGCACAAAGCUGGGGACUUGUACACGGGAAGCACUGGAAUGGGUGAGUUACCAGGACCGGUGAGAGAAAAGGUGCAGAUUUCUCCCAAAUUGGAUUCAGAACACCCACUAAGGUCUCUGGCCAACAAGUACUACACGGCCCUGGUCAACGGAGACCUGAAAAGCCUGGAGGUGCUGACCGACAGAUACUAUGAGGACGUCAACCUGGUGUUUGAGAUCAGUAAAAACGAGAUGGAGUGGCAGGUGAAAAGCCAAUCAUCUUACGGACUCUCAGGGCUAUGGUCGCUGGAGUACAAGCAGGAGCUGACCACCCCCCUGUGCAUCGCCGCCAGCCGUGGCCACGCCGCCUGCCUGCGUCACCUCCUGCUGCGACGCGCCGACCCUGACCUGGCCCCGGGGGGCUGCACGCCCCUGCACGAAGCCUGCCGGGGGGGGCACACGGCCUGUGUGGAGCUGCUGCUGGAGCACAAGGCAGACCCCAACCUGCGGAGCGACGAGGGGCUGGCCCCGCUGCACCUCUGCACCACCCGCGACUCCUUGGGAUGUGCCAAGCUGCUGCUGAGACACGGGGCUGCCAUCGACCUGCCCAGCGAGGAGGCUGGUGAGACGGCGCUGCAUGUGGCGGCGAGGCACGGCCUCUAUGACCAUGCCCACCUCUACCUGCGGCACGGCGCGCGGGUGGACGCCCGCAGCGCGCAGGAGGAGACGGCCAUGGGUGUCCUCUGCAGCCACGUGCCCGGCACCACCGGCAGCAAUGACGAUGACCUCCUGCGGCUCUGCCGGCUGCUGGCCGCCCACGGCGCCAACCUGGAUGCCCGCGACGAGGGGCACCGGAGCCCCCUGCACAAGGCGUGCGGGGCCGCCAACGCCGCCCUGGCGCGGUUCCUGCUGCGGCGCGGGGCCGACGUCAACGCCAUCGACUACGACGGGCUCUCGCCGCUGGGCUGUGCGCUGCAGGCCGCGGCCUUCCGCAGGGAGUUCAGGCCACACCAGGCUGUGCAGCUGCUGCUCAACCACGGGUCGCAAAAAAUAUGGCCUCCCGCCUUCGCCAAGGUGCUCAAGUCCUGCGCAGCUGUGCCAGAGAUCAUCGAAGUCCUCAUCAACUCCUACUCGCAAAUCCCCGUCUCUGAGAAGUGGGCUGAGGUUGUGCCAGAGGAGGUGAUGCAGCAACACCAGCUAUUCUAUGAGUCCUUUUUCCGGCUGUCGGGCACUGUCCGGUGCCUGCAACACUUGUGCCGCUUCGCCAUUCGGAAAAAGUUUGGCAACAAAUGCCACUGCCUGAUCCCCUUGCUGCCUGUGCCCAAGCCCUUGCACGACUACCUGCUGCUGGAGCCCGAAGGAGUCGUGUUUUGAAGGGCUGAGAGACGCAAGCCGAGCUCCGCCGAGCAUCCCUCCCUUAACUCAUCCUCCCGUGGUGUAUUGCAGCAGCAUCCAUUUCUGUCAGCCAGGCUAAGGAGCGACUGUUUUCAUGAUAGAUUGUUGUUUUCCAGGGAUUUAUAACGUAACUAAAAUGUGCUUCGAGCUGUAACUUUGUAUAGAUUUUUUUUCUAAUUGUGCUUUAAAUAGAUUAUAAAGAGUAAUAAAAUGAUUAGUAGCUGCUACAAGUAGGCUGUGGAUAUGAAUAAGAUUCAUUAUGAAGACUCUCAUGAAGCGGCGGGGCUCCUCAGGUGUGCAGAGGCAAGCACAAGCAGCAGACAACCACUAAAACUAGCUGCUGGGGACCCCACACCCCUUUGGGUGGGCUCUCCCUGGGACCAGGACGAGCAGCACUGCCACUACGAGUGCAGCACAGAGGCCACCAGCAGGAUGCUUUACCCAGGAGCGUUGACAUAGACCAUAAAGCAGACUGAAAUCAGCUGAAACCUUGUGCGCUGCUGUUGGUGUACCAGCCACCGAGCCAGGGCUGGCCAUUUCUUGCCCCAGUUUCACCACAGCACCCCCAUGCCUAUUGCACUGGUACCCAGGGAGCACAGCUUGCAGGAUCUGGGGCUUGAUUUACCUUGGCAAAAGGCACCCAGAGCAAAGAGGAUUCACUUUCCCAGCCCCCUGGCUCCCCAAAUUAAUUUCCAUGGUGCCAAAGCUAGCGUGCGCACAUGCCCCUUGGAAGA